UGAAUCCUCGGCGGAUUUCCUUCCUCUUCGCCUGUAUUGGCGUCAGCUCGAGCUGGCAGCUGCUGAGAAGUUCUCCGCCUCUCGUCGAACACAGCAUGAGUCGCUUAUAAUCUUCAAUGAAGUUCCUGACUUCUCCAGUGAACAAAGAUGGAUCCUGCCAGACAGAAGCGCAAGGACGAGAUAAGCAGAGCCCUGAAAUUCAUACAGUCAUCGCUGGCGUAUCCAGAACCGGAGGGCUACCAGGAACUUCCUCACCAGCUAGUGGUCAACCUGCUCCACGAGGGCAACGCCCUGUUCAGGGACGGGGAGUGGGAGUCGGCCGUCCGAGAGUUCAGCGAAGGCCUGAACGUCUGGAGCUACGCGGCAGCGUAGGACAUCCAGGUUCCCAGGGCUCUGCUGGAGACGUACGUGAACCGGGCCGCUCGCCUACCACAGCCUGGUGAAUACGACAAAGGCGUGAAGGACUGCGACGUCGCUCUGCAGCUGUGCCGCGAGAGCCACCGGGCCCUGUACCGCAAGGCGCUGUGUCUGCAGGCGCUGGGCAGACACAAGGAGGCCUACAACUGCACCACCGACUGCCUGCUCAUCUCCCGACUGGAGCUGUCUGUUCACCUGGGCCUGAAGAACCGCAAAACCCUACGUCGCUGCCAAGAUGAGGAGAGAGGCGUCCGAAACGGAAGCUCAACCGCUGACGCCAUCAAGGUUUCCGGUGUUCGAACAGAAAACGGGCUGAAUCCUCUGAGCAGCUUUGCACCAGGUGUGAAUGCACGUCAGCAGGAAUCUGUGGGAUCGUCUCACGUGAGCGGCGCGUCUCCACUGACUCCGUCCCUCUCUGCAGUCACGUUUCCCAGCAUGCCUCAGUCCUCGCCGGGCGCCGCCAGGCCGGACGCGCUGGACGACUGCGAGCUGAUGGGCGACGACCUGGACCGCCUGCUGGACUGCUGCCCUGCCGGCCGGAGGCCGUGGAGGGCGCCGGCCGGUUUCCGACCCCGCUGCCUGCGCUCCAGGCCCCGCGUGGGCGCCGCCCCGUUCCGACCCGCUCCCUGCGCUCCAGGCCGCGUGGCGCCGCCCGGUUCCGACCCGCUCCCUGUGUUCCAGGCCCGCGUGGCGCCGCCUGGUUCCGACCCGCUCCCUGUGUUCCAGGCCCGCGUGGCGCCGGCGGUGCUGCCCGCUCCGACGCCUCAGCUCCCGCCGGCCUUCUUCAGCUGCUCCGUCGGCCGCAUGGACUCCCUGGACUCGCUGCCGGGCCUGGGCCGCUCCUCCUUGGACGCGCUGGACGGCCUCGGCGCCUCACCGGUGCUGGACGCCUUGGACAGCUUCUCGUUUGGAGCCGGGGCCGGAGCGGGUCCCCCCAAACCGAGGCCCGCGUCCUCGGCCGUGGAGUCGCUGGACGACCUGGACGACCUGGACGACGCCUUGGACGAAGCCACCAGUGACGUGAAUGACUCCAGAGCGGACGCGGAGGCGGAGCUGGAGUCUCUCGAUGAUUUACUGGACGAGCUGGACCCUCUGGAGGCAGGUUCUGACCCGCUUGGUCCUGGUGCUGCCACAUCUUUGGACCGGCACCACUCUCUGGAUGCUCUGGACUCCUUUUCCUUCCUCGUCUCUACAGGGAGAGCAGGUUUCACGGCCUCUCGCGGCGUCAAACCUCCACCAAAGCGACCUCUGAAGAGUAACUCCAGGGAGACGAGCAGCGCGGCGCCGGCUCCAGCCUCCAACCCUCUGUGCUCCACCCACGACUUCCUGCAGGCCUGCUCCGCCUGUUAUCCUCGCCAAGGCCAAGGCAUCUAUACGUACGUUCACAAGCCGGACCUGGUCCACAGCUGUAACAGAAAUGUUCUGUUGUGUAGACGAAAGGGGGACCAGGAGUGGACCAGGGUUCGGCCGAUGCCGGUCAACACGGGCUUCAGGGGCCCCUUCGUUCUCUGCAAGGAGCUGCUGAGGUCCGGAGACCUGGGCCUGUGUAAAUACGGGGAGAAGUGCACGUUCGCCUACAACCAGCUGGAGAUCGACGUUUGGACGGAGGAGAGGAGGCGCACGCUCAACAGGAACCUGCUGUUCGCCUCCGACCCAGUCAGCGGCGCCGCCCGCCUCCUGCAGGAGCAGAAGGGCGCCUUCAGGUUCCUCUGUCAGAGCUGCUUUGACAACAAACCCACCAUCAUCAGCGGGCGCUGCAGGGACGCGCCCUCCGUCUGCUCCAACCCGGACGCCCGCCACGCCUUCCACGCCAAUAAGUGCUUAGUGUUCGUGGUGAGUUCCCACAAAGUGACCUACAAGAAGAUCCGUCCGCUGAGCUCCAGGUGCCGACUGGACCUGUGCUGCCAGGAGGUCCGGUACGGCUGCGCCCGAGGGGACGGCUGCCACUGGGCCCACUCCUACGUGGAGCUGCAAACGUGGGGCCUGCAGCAGCACACGGGCAUCAGCCACGACGAGCUUGUCAGCGUCUCCACAAAGUAUUAUGAGGAAGCGACGCAGAGCAAACAACGGGGAAACAGAUUUCCAUCAGGAGCUGCUGGGACCACAGCCAAAGGAGCAGGAGCGACAUGUGGGAAGAGUCCGAACCUGCGCAUGAAGUUCGUGUGCGCGCUGUGCUGGCGGGACGGCCUGAUUAGUGAACCAGACAGGAGCCUGAAGCACUGCACGGCCAAGGCGGAGCACGCCUGGGACAAAGACAGACGCGUUCUGCUCGUCAAGUCCGUGGAACGAUGUAAAUGGGUUCAGAUUCGAGCGCUGCCUCAAACCAAGGUCCCUCUGCAGUACGACAUAUGCACUCAAAUGUUAGUGAAGAAAUGUAACUACUCUGGGAACUGCACCUUCGCUCACAGCCAAGAGGAGAAGGAGAUGUGGACGUAUAUGAAGAAUAAUAAUUUACAUGACAUGCAGCAGAUGUACGAGCUGUGGCUGUCGUCGCUGAACCCCAGACGGCACCCGGAGGAAGCGGCGCAGAGCCCGGCUGCCCCGGAGGAGAAGCCCAUCGCCAUGCCAACGGACUACGCUGACCUGACGAGCGACUUCUACUGCCGCCUGUGUGGGAAGCACAGUACAGCGAGCGCCAGUUGGCAGCACCACAUCUCCUCUGAGAAGCACAAGGACCGGGUGUUCAGCUGUGAGGGGGAGGACAAGGCUCUGCUGUGGAGCAACCGCUUUCCCCCGGGCACCUGCUUCCAGCUCUGUCCCAGGUACGAGAAUGUCUGCCGGGACGGCGUGAGCUGCGACUACGCCCACAGCCCGGAGGAGCUGCAGGAGUGGACGGAGAGACGGGAUUUCCUGAGGCAGAAGCUGUCCAGAGCGAGAGAGGACCUGCUCAUCAUGCCCGACGAGUCGGACUUCGGGAAGUACAGCUUUCUACUUCAGGACUGA